AUGGCCAUACCACUGAUAGAAGAAGCAACCACCGAAGAGACUGUCCCAGAGGAAAUCAAGGAAGUACUAGACAGCUAUACCGACAUAAUGCCGGAGAGUCUACCACAAACACUACCCCCUCGUCGAGGCAUUGACCACGAAAUCGAACUCCUUCCCGGGGUUAAGCCGCCAGCAAAGAACGCAUACCGGAUGGCUCCACCCGAGCUAGCCGAAUUGAGGAAACAACUGGAUGAGUUGUUGAAGGCGGGAUUCAUUCGCCCGGCAAAGGCCCCUUAUGGAGCCCCUGUUUUCUACGAAUACCUGGAUCAAUUCGUCAUAGUGUACCUCGACGACAUUGUUGUUUACAGCACAACCCUCGAGGAACACAAAGUGCAUUUGAAGUUAGUGUUUGACAAGCUCCAGCAGAACCAACUAACCAAAUCCCAUGGGAAGUUCCCCUUCCAGUACUCCAACGCCCUUGUGGUGUCUGUUCCCAUUGGAUCGCCGCCGCAGCAGAUGGACAUGGUCGUAGACACCGGCAGCCAACUGUCCUGGAUUCAAUGCCACGGCAAAGUAAGGAGAAAAUCAGUGAAGCCCAUGAUUAAUUGGUUUGACCCUUAUCUCUCCUCCUCUUUCUCUUUCCUUCCCUGUAACACCACUCUGUGCAGACCCCGAAUUCCCGAUUUUACCCUUCCUACUUCUUGUGACCCAACUCGCCACUGCCACUACUCCUACUUCUACGCGGAUGGGACCCUGGCCGAGGGUAAUCUCGUCACUGAAAAAUUCACCUUCUCCAAUUCCUUAACUACCCGCUCCCUCCUUCUGGGCUGCGCUACGGCCUCCACCCAAAACAGGGGUAUGUUGGGAAUGAAUACUGGACGCCUCUCCUUCAUCUCCCAGGCCAAAAUAUCCAAGUUUUCCUAUUGCGUUCCGGAUCGAACCGGGUCGGAUCUAACCGGCUUGUUCUACCUUGGAGACAACCCCAACUCCGCUAAAUUCAAAUACGUCAACAUGUUGACUUUCCCCAAAAGUCGACUCUCCCCGAAUCUUGACAAGUCGGCCUACACCCUCCCGAUGAAGGGGAUAAGAAUAGGCAACAACAAACUCAACAUCUCGCCCGCCGUUUUCAAACCGGACCCAUCUGGGGCCGGUCAGACCAUGAUCGACUCCGGCUCCGAUUUGACGUAUUUGGUAGAUGAGGCCUACAGCAAGGUCAGAGAAGAGAUGGUCAGAUUAGUGGGGCCCAUGAUGAAGAAAGGAUACGAAUACGCCGCCGUCGCCGACAUGUGUUUCGACGGCGCAGUGGCGGCGGCGGUGGGUCGGAGGAUCGGCGACAUGUGGUUCCAGUUUGAGAAUGGGGUGGAGAUAUUGGUCGGGAAAGGGGAAGGGUUAUUGACGGAAGUGGAGGAAGGGGUGAAGUGCGUGGGGAUCGGACGGUCAGAUAGACUUGUGACUGAGAGUAAUAUAAUCGGGAACGUUCAUCAGCAGAAUAUGUGGGUGGAGUACGAUCUGAGCAAUAAGAGAAUUGGGUUUGGUGUUGCUAAGUGUAGUGGAUUGAAGGCAUGAUCAUGGACGGUGGAGAUUCAUACUAUUCUUUUGUGUAUCUAUUUUUAUAUUACCAAAUUUUGUUUUUAACAAAAUUUGUUGUAAUAUCAAUACUUAUUGAUCAUUCAUUUCGUUUAAGUAUAUGACUACGAAAUAGUUUGUUU